CAGGUGACCCAGCAGCAGGCAGGCCAGUUUCGGCUUCUCCUUCGCUUUGGCUCCGAUGUCGGAGGUGUUUUUGCCCGGAAGAAAUGGACUCUGGCAAUGCACGAAUUUGAUCACUCAGACAUCCGAUCAGUUGAGUCUGUGAAUGGCGCCAAAACAGGACCCUAAACCUAAAUUUCAAGAAGGUGAAAGAGUCCUGUGCUUUCAUGGGCCAUUGCUCUAUGAGGCAAAGUGUGUAAAGAUCAGCAUAAAGGAUAAGCAGAUUAAGUACUUCAUUCAUUACAGCGGAUGGAACAAAAACUGGGAUGAAUGGGUUCCUGAAAGCAGAGUUCUCAAAUAUGUGGACAGCAACCUUGCGAAACAAAAAGAGCUUCAAAAGGCCAAUCAGGACCAUUAUGUUGAGGGAAAGAUGAGGGGUUUAGCACCAAGCAAGAAGAUUGCUGCUGUGCAGCAGAAAAAUGUUGAUCUGAAAGUGAAAAAGGCAAAACAGAAAACCCCAGGGCCGGGUGAAGGUACCAGCAGCGGAGAAAUGCCCCAGGGGCCACGGAAGAAGAGGGCUCGGGUCGAUCCAACUGUGGAGAGUGAGGAGAUGUUCACCAACCGUGUGGAGGUGAAGGUUAAGAUCCCAGAGGAGCUGAAGCCCUGGCUGGUGGACGACUGGGACCUCAUCACACGUCAGAAACAGUUAUUUCACCUGCCUGCUAAGAAGAACGUAGAGACUGUCUUGGAGGACUAUGCAAACUAUAAGAAAUCAAAAGGAAACUCGGACAAUAAGGAGUAUGCGGUAAACGAAGUGGUGGCAGGGAUUCGGGAGUACUUCAACGUCAUGCUGGGCACACAGCUGCUUUACAAGUUUGAGAGGCCGCAGUAUGCUGAGAUCCUGGCUGAACACCCAGACAUGCCAAUGUCUCAGGUCUACGGAGCUCCACACUUGCUGCGCCUAUUUGUGCGUAUUGGAGCCAUGCUGGCCUACACUCCACUGGACGAGAAGAGUCUGGCUUUGCUGCUCAGUUACCUCCAAGACUUCCUCAAGUACCUGGUAAAGAAUUCAUCCACCCUCUUCAGUGCCAGUGACUAUGAGGUCGCACCCCCAGAGUACCACCGCAAGGCUGUGUGAGAGCUCUCAACACAGAGCGCUCCUAUUGAGCCACAUCCUCCCGCACUCCCAGACCACAUGUACAAUAACCAUUACUACCCUUCUGAGUGCAGACUUGGAUGACAUUUUUCACUUGAACUGAUGCGCUUCCUCCACAACGGUCUCAGGAGCUUGUCACAGUUGAGAAGUCAAAAAUUUGAGGAAACCUUUUUUAGCUGAACCUCUUUUUCUUUUCUCUCCCUUUGCCCCUUUUCUCUCACUCCUUUGAAAAGACACAAGAAAAUAUGUUUCUCUGUCAAAAAUUCACAGUUUCCACAAGCAGCUCUUUGGUGUUUUUGUGCAUUCCAUCCAAUAGAUAUUUGUUACUGUUGCAUGUGUGUAUUUAUUAGUGUUUCUUAUGCCACAUGAGGUGCAAUUUAAUGCUGGACCGCAUGGUCAGCACUCAGCAGCUAAUGUUUUUGUAUCUGUAUCUUGUGUAUUUGUAUCAAUUUGUAAAAAAAAAAAAAAAAAAAUGUUUCUACAUG